AUGAAACUCAAGGAUGGGUAUGGCAGCCAGCAGGGCCAUGGUUUUGCUAAUGAAUUUGUGGUUGAAUUUAUGAACUGGAUGCUGAAACAGCAUCAAACUUCUGUGUCAGAAAUGGUUUUGGUAACCAACCAUGGAGACAAGGAUGGAUCACAUCAGGACAUUGCAAUGGAUUUUCAAGGAAAUCCUGUAGAUAAGUCAAAAACUGGAGGAUGGCUUGCUGCAGGGCUAAUUUUGGGAACCGAACUCUCUGAGAGAAUAUGCGUGAUGGGGAUAUCAAUGAAUCUAGUGACCUACUUGGUAGGAGAUCUGCAUAUCUCUUCUGCAAAAUCGGCAACCAUUGUCACCAACUUCAUGGGAACUCUCAACCUCCUUGGCUUGCUUGGGGGUUUCUUGGCAGAUGCUAAACUUGGUCGGUAUUUGACAGUUGCAAUCUUUGCAUCCACAACUGCAGUGGGGGUCACUUUGUUAACACUAGCUACAACCUUCUCUGGCAUGAGACCUCCACCGUGUGACAACUAUAGGAGACAGCGUCAUCAGUGUAUUGAAGCCAAUGGCAGGCAACUGGCUCUGCUAUAUGCAGCACUUUAUACUAUAGCACUUGGAGGUGGUGGAAUCAAGUCCAAUGUCUCUGGGUUCGGGUCUGAUCAAUUUGAUGCAACAGACCCCAAGGAGGAGAAGGCCAUGGUUUUCUUCUUCAAUAGAUUCUAUUUCUGCAUCAGCAUUGGAUCCUUGUUUGCAGUAAUUGUGCUGGUAUACAUUCAAGAUAACGUGGGAAGAGUUUGGGGAUAUGGAAUUUCUGCAGGGACAAUGGUAAUUGCAGUAGCUGUACUGCUUUGUGGGAAUCCAUGUUACCGUUUCAAGAAGCCUCAAGGCAGCCCUUUAACGGUGAUAUGGAGGGUCUUGCUCUUGUCUUGGAAGAAGAGGAAUCUUCGCUAUCCUUCUCUUCCCACUCUUCUGAAUGAUUACCACAAUUCCAAGGUCCCGCACACAGAGAAGUUCAAAUGUCUUGACAAGGCUUCGAUUUUGGACGUGCAAGCCUCUGCUGGAGGAAACAAAAAUGACCCUUGGAUAGCAUCCACAGUAAUGGAAGUUGAAGAGGUGAAGAUGGUACUCAAGCUCAUCCCUAUUUGGUCUACAUGCAUCCUCUUCUGGACAGUCUAUUCUCAGAUGACUACUUUCACCAUUGAGCAAGCCACCUUCAUGAACCGAAAGGUUGGCUCCUUGGUUAUUCCUUCUGGUUCGUAUUCUACUUUUCUCUUCAUCACCAUUCUUCUCUUUACAUCCCUGAAUGAAAGGGUCAUCGUGCUCCUGGCGCAAGAGUUCACCCACAAUGCCAAAGGACUCACAAGUCUUCAGAGGAUCGGUAUUGGGCUGAUUUUUUCAAUAAUUGCCAUGGUGGCUGCAGCUAUUAUUGAGAAGGAAAGGAGGGAAAGUGCUGUUCAACAUAAUUCCCAGAUAAGUGCUUUCUGGCUAGUUCCCCAAUUCUUCCUGGUGGGUGCUGGGGAAGCAUUUGCUUAUGUCGGACAACUUGAAUUUUUCAUCAGAGAGGCACCUGAAAGGAUGAAAUCAAUGAGUACAGGGCUUUGCCUAAGCACACUUUCUAUGGGUUUCUUUGUUAGUAGCUUUUUGGUGUCCCUAGUUGACAAAGUGACUAAGAAGACAUGGCUGAGAAGCAACUUGAACAAGGGAAGGUUAAAUAACUUCUAUUGGUUGCUUGCAAUGCUAGGAACUUUGAACUUUUUUGCUUUCCUCAUGUUUUCAAAGAGACACCAGUACAAAGUCCUCCUUACACCUGGUGAUUCUGGUGACAAAGAGCUUAAACCUUCCAGGGAUUUGAUUGCUAUAGAGAUAGAGGAGGUGGUCACUGAAGGAAAAGAGUGACCCUAAUUUUCUCAAGUGCCUUUCCACUGUUAUUUCAAUCCUAUGUAUUAUGUUUUCCUUUCUAUGCACCCACAAGCUUAUUUUGGGAUUGGUUCAUUUCUAAAUCUGAGAAAAACUAAAGCUCUGUCACCUCUUUUUUUUAUUGAAAAAAUUAUUAUUCGGUCCCUAUUUUAUA